AUGAUGCAAAUUCCUUCUGGAAUGCAGCUCAUGCAGAUUCCAACUCAAGGUGACGGCACUGUUACUGUCCCUUAUUCUAUGAAUGCUAACGGUGACAUUGCGUUCAGUGGAAUGCAACUCAGCCAACAAGGCUUCAGUGGUGCUCAAGGAAAGGAUGAGUAUGGCAAUGAUGUCUAUCUUAUUCCAUGUCCUAUUGGUACGACAAAUGGCAAAAUUCAAGCCGACUGGCACUAUGCUAGUGAAGAUGAAGAUUUUGCUACUGAAGCAGAUCGAGGUCUGCAGUUUAUUCAAAGCCGCAGAAAGCAAAGAGAUCCAUUUGGGUUGUACGAUCAUGUCAUCAUGGACACCAUUUGUAAUGGUGAGCUUAUGCAUGGACUCCGUCAUGCUGAGAAAGAACUUGAUAUGCACACUAACGUGGGCAGCAGAGUUCUUGACAAAGAAGGUUUUCUAGGAAGAUUUCCACCUCCAGUUUAUCACGAUGAAGAUGGAAUUGCAAAUGUACUUGCUAUGCGCGAGAUGAUUGCUGCGGGAUACCGCAUUACCAUGGAUACUGAUGCUGACAAUGCUUUUAUUGUACACUGUGAUGGAAACCAAAAGAUGCGAUUUGUGAAUUGUAAGGGUGUGUAUGUGUUGGAGCAACUUGGAGCGAAUGUCAAACCAGGUGCCAGAGAGACAAGUGUGAUGUACCGUCGCCAGUUAAGCAACUUAAAUAAUCAACCUCAUUUCAAACUUUCUUCAAACAGACAGAAUGGAUAUGCUGGACUCGAGAUGACCUCCAAGAUGGCAACCGUUCGAAAGAACAAGGAAGGAUUCACUCCAAGACAAGUCAAGGCUGCGAUGGAAGCGAGAAGUGCAAUGCACAUACUCAAUGCUCCAAGCACCAAAAGUCUGAAGUAUGCAAUCCGAUCUAGUCUCAUCAAGAACUGUCCUAUCACCGAGGAAGCGAUCAACCAUGCCAAAGCAAUCUCUGGACCUGACGCCUCUACAUUGAAAGGCAAGUCAAUAAGACCAACUCCAAAGAAGAUGUACGACGACUUCUUCAGUCCACCAGAGGAAUUAUAUCAGCACAAUCGAUCUAUUACCGUCUGUAUUCAUCACAUGGAAAUCGAGAAUGCUAAGUUUCUCACCUGCAUUGAUACCACUGUGCCUUAUCGCUCAUGUAUUCCCGUGCAGAACCUGAAGACUGACCCUGUAUUUGAAGCAUUGGAUAAGACAUUCCGCCGCUACAACAAGGCAGGCUUUCAAGUCAAGAUCAUCAAGUGUGAUCGGGCGUUCAUUCCUCUCACGGAUGAUACGCUAGACGAUAUGGGUGUUACUAUUGACCCGACUGCAGCUGGAGACCACGAGCCUACCGCUGAGCGAAACAAUAGGACGCUGAAAGAAAGAGUCAGAGUAGCUCUUGCACGAUUACCCUACAAAGUGGUCCCAAAAGUGAUCACUGAAUGUCUUGGACGUCAAGCGGCCGAGCUAUUGAAUGUCUUUCCCCAGAAAGGCAGUAUCUCAUCACAUUUCAGUCCGCAGCAACUCAUUGAUAAUGUCAAUAUCAACUACAAGAGUGACAUGGUUGCUGAACUUGGACAAUAUGUUCAUGGAAUUGGGACGGAUUCCAGCAAUUUGAUGGAACCCCAAAGUAUUGAAGCGAUUUACAUUGAACCUACGAAGGGACAACAUACUGGGCACCGAGUGCUCAACCUCAAUACUAAGAAGAUGAAUUCCCGACCCAAGGUUGUUGUACUACCCGUUAACGAUCAAGUAAUCCAGCGUGUUGAAGCUUGGGCUGCUGCCAAAGGUGUUACUUCCAUGAAGUUCUUUGAUAAGAAGAGAGAUUUGGAGACAUUUCAAGAUGGCGAUCAAAUCGCAGGAGUGGAUGACACGGAACAAGGUUACUUAGAAGAAGCCUUUGAUCAGGACUAUGAACCUGAAGAUGAAGAUGAACGUGAUUUCAAUCUAUGUGGACAAUUCGAUGAUAUCAAUGACUCCAAAAGAGAAGAGCUCUUGGCAGAUGCAGACAAUGAUGUUGAUGAUAUGCCAGAACUCACUGUCAGAUUCCAAGGAGAUGAUGACUACGAAUCAGACGACGAUUUGGGUGAUGAAGGCGACAAAGAGGAAGAACCUAAUGUGGCCGAUCUGGAUCACCAUCAAGAAAAUGUCGAUAGAGGAACCGAUGAUAUUGGGAGCCUUGUUACUGAUCUGGAGGAUCUACAAGAGCCGCCAGAAGAAGAGAUUGUAUUUGAGCCUGAAAUGCCUCAAGUAGCAAAAGUCACUUGA